UAUCUUUUUCGGCACAGCUUAUUUCCACGAUCCCCUCUUUUGAGAUCAUUGGCUGAUAGCCACGAAUAUCCGCUGUCAUAUUUAUCUACGCUCGGAAGUGUGUUGUAUGGGCAACGCCAACUCUAACCUCACAAUGGACACCUCACAUCAUACAUCGCACAGCAGCUCCGAGCACCAUCAAAAAUAUGUGCCUGUUGGUUAUAGGCGCAAGCGGACGUGGAGCAUCUCGAUGACCUCCCAAUCGUCAACUGCAUCACAAUUUCCCCUUCCCCAAAAACUCUACGAAGCAUCCCCUGCUGACGUCGUUCAAGGCGACCUCCAAGCUCAUGGCUCAUUUACCACUACCAUACCAGCGGUCUUCUGGCUCCGCUCGUGUUUUUCUAUUCAUUCCAAGCCACGUGGGAAGCGACUGGACACGGAGUGGGCGAACGAGCACAACUUUGAACUCCCCGAUCUCCCUCGAUCGCGUUCUCGUUCACCCGUUCGUCCAUUCGUAAGCCGCACGUCCUCUACUCUAUCCUCACACGACUCCCCACCUGCAUCACCUCUUGCAGAUAAUAUCUCUACGCUCUGUCCUAUUCUUGAAGCUAUCGAGAAUGCCUCGAAGUUGUCGUGCCGCACUGUGUGCGUCACAUGUUUGAAAACAGGUAGGGACUUCCCACACUGUCCCCGGUGUGGUGAUACGUGGUGCUCCAGGGAAUGUAGGAUGCAGGGAGGGAAGAGACACGUCUGCAGAACGUGAUUCCUCUAUGGUCCUGCAAUGAAUUUCCUCGCCUAUCCAUAUUCUCUCCAAAAUGCUUUCCACAGCUUUUACUGGUCAUAUGCCAUAAAAUUCUACGGCGAUUCUUUACGCACCCAUCAUGCUUCUAGGCAUUCUUUGUUACGCACGGGCCAAGCUUCUAGGCAGUUGUCUUACGCACGUUUCAUGCUUCAAUAGCUUUCUUUGAUACAUGCGCAAUGCCAACUGAAUCGGAUUAUGUAUAUAUUGGAUUCGUAUGAUGUCGUGUUUUCGUGUUCGGAUGACGUUUAAGACUAAGUGAAGACAAUUCUUGUGCCCUGCGCAGGCAC